GGGAGAAGCAGUUUUGUCAUCAAUUUUGCAAUUUCGUAUGUGUAAAAUAGGCUUAUACUUAUUUAGGUGUAUUAAUUUAUUUAGCCUUUAUGAAAGUUAGAUUUUAGGAAGGUGGAGAAAAGUAUAAAAAUAGAAGAUGGAAGAAAUUUUGAAAUUGGAGCAUCUUUCAUUAGUUUCCAAAAUAUGUACGGAACUGGAGAACCAUUUGGGAAUAAAUGAUAAAGACCUAGCGGAAUUUAUCAUAUCACUUGCUGAGAAAAAUAACACAUUUGAGAGUUUUAAAAAAGUCUUGGAAGAAAAUGGGGCUGAAUUUGCUGAUUCCUUCACAGCUAAUUUACUGAGAAUCAUACAUCACAUGCAACCAAAACAAUUGAAUGUCACUGAAGAUGAUAUUAAAAUUGAGAAUACUGAAAAGACAGAGAUGGAAAUAAAAAAGGAAAAGUACCCUGUACUUGCUCUUCCAAAUGAUCCCAAUGUUCGGAAAAUGCUUGAAAUGGAUGUGAAAGUAGCAGCUGAUGCAUUUGCAGAACUUGAAGCUAUGGCACCGGGUUUAGAGGACGUUGUCAAAAAAGAAAAAGUAGCCACAAAGAAAGAAUCUCGCAGGCACAGGAGUAGGAGCAGAAGUAAAGACAGGUCAUCAAGAAAAAAACGGUCACGGUCAAGAUCACCUCAUCAACGUAAGUUAAGGUUACACAAUCGAUCUAGGUCAAGGUCACCUCGUAGAUCUAGAUCAAGGUCACCUCGUAGAUCUAGAUCAAGGUCUAAAAGCAAAGAAAGAACAGCUUAUCAUAGCAAGUCACACAAAAGAGACAAGCAAGAGCAAAGAAGACAGGAUGAGAAACCCCCAGAGCCAGUUAUUGGUGAAAUUUAUAGUGGUAAAGUGACCAAUAUCAUGCAGUUUGGAUGUUUUGUUCAACUUGACGGGUUGAGGAAGAGGUGGGAGGGGCUGGUCCACAUAUCACAGCUUCGGCGAGAAGGACGUGUUACAAAUGUUGGUGAUGUUGUACAACGUGGACAGAGAGUUAAAGUAAAGGUUUUAUCUUUCACUGGGCAGAAAACAAGUUUAUCAUUAAAGGAUGUAGACCAAGAAACUGGAGAAGAUCUUAAUCCUGUACGAUCCAAAGGAUCAAUGAACAGUGAUGAUUCUGAGGAGGAGUCACUAAGAAAUCCUGAUCGUCCAUCAAGUCUACCUUUGAUCACCAAGCGAGAUGAUGAUGACAUGGAUAACAGGAGGAGAGUUCAAAGAAUAUCUUCCCCUGAAAAGUGGGAAAUUAAACAAAUGAUGUCUGCCAACUGUAUAGACAAGUCUGAGCUACCAGAUUUUGAUGAGAGUACAGGACUUUUACCAAAAGAUGAAGAUGAUGAUGAAGAUAUCGAGAUUGAGAUGGUUGAAGAAGAACCACCUUUUCUUCAUGGCCAUGGAAGGGCUAAUGUCCAAGACCUCAGUCCUGUUAGGAUUGUAAAGGUACACACUGAAGGACGUACUCUAGCGGCCAACAUGCGAGGUAUUGGUUUGUCAGGCCAAGAACUGCCUGAGUGGAAAAAACACAUAACAGGUGGAGCUAAGGCCUCUUAUGGAAAGAAAACUCAGCUAUCUAUUUUGGAACAGCGACAGAGUCUUCCUAUCUACAAGCUAAAAGAUGAACUAGUUAAGGCAGUGUCUGAAAACCAAAUCCUUAUAGUUAUUGGGGAGACAGGAUCAGGUAAAACUACACAGAUUACUCAGUACCUUGCAGAAGCAGGAUUUACAACCCGAGGAAAACUUGGAUGUACACAGCCAAGGCGUGUUGCUGCUAUGUCAGUGGCUAAACGUGUUGCUGAGGAAUUUGGUUGUAGGCUUGGACAAGAAGUUGGCUACACCAUUCGUUUUGAAGACUGCACAAGUCCUGAAACUUUAAUCAAGUACAUGACAGAUGGCAUGUUGCUUCGAGAGUGUCUUAUUGAUCCCGAUUUAAAGGGUUAUGCUGUUAUGAUGUUGGACGAAGCCCAUGAACGUACUAUUCAUACUGACGUUCUUUUUGGGUUACUGAAAAAUGCUGUCAAGAAGAGACCAGAAUUAAAACUAAUUGUGACUUCGGCUACCUUGGAUGCCGUGAAGUUUUCCCAGUAUUUCUUUGAAGCUCCCAUCUUUACCAUUCCUGGACGUACAUAUCCAGUGGAAAUUUUAUACACAAAAGAACCUGAAACGGACUAUUUGGAUGCUUCGUUAAUUACAGUUUUACAGAUCCAUCUCACUGAACCUCCUGGCGACAUCUUACUGUUUUUGACGGGUCAGGAAGAAAUUGACACAGCUUGUGAGAUUCUUUAUGAACGUAUGAAGUCUCUGGGACCCCAAGUUCCAGAGUUGAUCAUUCUGCCUGUCUACUCAGCACUGCCUAGUGAGAUGCAGACCCGAAUCUUUGAUCCAGCUCCUCCAGGUUCCAGAAAGGUUGUUAUUGCCACAAACAUUGCAGAGACUUCUUUGACCAUUGAUGGUAUAUAUUAUGUUGUGGAUCCAGGAUUUGUGAAACAGAAGGUUUACAAUUCAAAAACUGGAAUGGAUUCUUUAGUUGUGACUCCCAUUUCACAGGCUCAAGCCAAGCAGCGAGCUGGCAGGGCAGGACGGACAGGUCCAGGGAAAUGUUAUCGACUGUACACAGAGAGAGCUUACCGAGAUGAAAUGCUGACUACCCCAGUACCCGAGAUUCAACGAACCAACUUGGCUUCUACAGUUUUACAACUGAAGGCUAUGGGUAUUAAUGAUUUGUUGUCCUUUGAUUUUAUGGAUGCUCCCCCCACAGAGACCUUGAUCAUGGCUCUGGAACAACUAUAUUCUCUAAGUGCUUUAGACAGUGAAGGACUUUUAACUCGUCUGGGUCGUAGGAUGGCAGAAUUUCCCUUGGAACCAAGUCUGUCGAAAAUGUUAAUCAUGUCUGUCCAUCUAGGUUGUAGUGAAGAGAUUUUAACUGUGGUAUCUAUGUUGUCAGUCCAGAAUGUGUUUUACAGACCCAAGGAUAAACAAGCUCUGGCUGACCAGAAGAAGGCCAAGUUCAAUCAGGCAGAAGGUGAUCAUUUAACUCUUUUAGCAGUAUACAACUCGUGGAAAAAUAACAAAUUUUCCAAUGCGUGGUGUUAUGAAAACUUCGUACAGAUCAGAACUUUGAAACGUGCACAAGAUGUAAGAAAACAGCUGCUGGGAAUUAUGGAUAGACACAAGCUGGAUGUGCUUUCCUGUGGUAAAAACACAGCUCGAGUUCAGAAGGCUAUUUGCAGUGGAUUUUUUCGAAGUACUGCAAAGAAGGAUCCUCAAGAAGGCUAUAGGACCCUGGUGGAUGGUCAAGUGGUUUACAUCCAUCCAUCUAGUGCCCUCUUCAACCGACAGCCUGAAUGGGUGGUAUACCAUGAACUUGUCCAGACAACCAAAGAAUACAUGAGAGAAGUGACCACAAUUGACCCUAAGUGGCUAGUGGAGUUUGCUCCAGCAUUUUUCAAGUUUGCCGAUCCAACUAAACUGAGCAAGCACAAGAAGCAGCUUCGAUUAGAACCACUCUACAACAAGUACGAAGAACCCAAUGCUUGGAGAAUUUCAAGAGUGAGGAGGAGAAGAAACUAAUUUGUCUACUGUAAAAGUAUUGUAUUCUUGAGUACCUGUCAAACUGCAGUGGAGUAAUUAUUAACAAAACCUAUAAAGCUUGUGAGUUAUGAAAACUUCACACUUAAACAAAAUAAAACUUCAAUCGUAUUAUAGAUUAUAGUGAUCAGAUUUGAAAUGAAAACUUUGAAUUGGUAAGUAAUACUAACUUGCUGGGGUGCACAGAUAAAUGUCUUUAUUGCCUAACAGUAAAGUAUGGUAUGUAAAACAUUCAAGAUUG